UUUACAUUUGAGACGCGAGAUUUGAAAAUAUAUUCUGAAGCAGCAGCUGCGGCAUUACUUCACACCAUGGCAGGUAUUUUGCGUGAACGAUUUUCAAAUAUUCCUCAUAGUCAUACUCAAGAAAAGACGAGCUUGAAUGACUCUUCUACUUAUGACAAAAAGCCAUCAAAGAAAAAUGCUAAAGCUCCUGCACCACCUGUAAAACAACCAAAAAGAUGUUUCCAAGAGGGUAUGAGAGUAUGGGUUGCUAACAGCAAUACAGAAGACAACUGCCCCUGGCUAAGAGGUACUGUCACAGCAGCAAGAAAGAAUGGGAAAGUGAGUGUGAGAUUGGAAAGCAGUGAGGUCAUUGAUGUUUCACGAAGAGAAGAUUCACUGCUUCUAGCUGGAAACAACAACUAUGCAGAAGUGGAUGACCUAACAGAUCUCUCAUCCCUCAAUGAGGCUGAAGUAUUAGAGAGUCUGGAGUGCAGAUUCCACAACGGUCAGAUCUGCAGUAAAGCAGGUAUAACUCUAGUCAGUCUGAAUCCAUUCAAGGAAAUCUCUGGUUUAUAUGAUGAUACUGCCAUCAAACACUACCAUCAAGAUCAAACUAGUGACCAGACAUUGAAGGUGGAAGCCCCACAUGUGUUUGCUGUUGCUGAGAAAGCCUUUUCUAGUCUUCGCUAUGCCAUAAGUAGCCCCAACCAGUCCAUUAUCGUUAGUGGAGAGAGUGGAGCUGGGAAGACUUGGAACACCAGAUGUUUGAUGAAAUAUCUCACUUCAGUGGCACUAUAUAAAAAUCCAGGGGGCUUUUCACCUCCACCUGUGAAGUGCAUUGAGAGAAGAAUAUUGGAUUCUAAUCCCAUCCUUGAAGCAUUUGGCAAUGCUGGUACAGCCCGGAAUCACAACAGCAGUAGGUUUGGAAAGUAUAUACAGCUACAGUUUGACAGGGGUUCCCAUAUCAUUGGUGCCUCUAUCCAGACAUAUCUCUUGGAGAAGACUAGGCUUGUUCACCAGGCUGAUGGAGAAAGCAACUUUCACAUAUUCUACCAGAUCGUGAAUGAGGCAACAGAAGAACAGAGGGCAGAAUGGGGUCUGACCACACCCACUGGUGAUGAUGUCAUGUUUGCUUACCUCCCAUUGGAUGAUGGUAUCCAGUCAAGAGCCAAUGAGAAUCAAGUAUUUAGCAGAACCCAGCACGCUAUGAAGAAUGUAGGCAUUACUCAUAUGCACCAAGAAAAUAUAUUUCAGGUGUUGAGUGGUAUCCUUCAUCUUGGCAAUCUAGAGUUUACAUGUGAUGAGGAAUUUGAUCCUUGUGAAUUAGAUGAGGAAGUGUGCCAGGAAUCCCUAGAGCAUGCAUGUAGACUGCUAGGUCUGGACCCUACCAGUCUGACCACAUCUCUCAUCUACCGACGCAUCACUGCAUCACACAGCAAGCGCCAAAGUGUGUUCAUGAAACCAUGCUCAGUGGAGGAAGCUGGUGUGAGGAGGGACUGCAUGUCAAAGGUUAUCUAUGCAAGACUGUUUGAUUGGUUGGUUGCCUUCUUGAACAAGCAUACAUCAGCCAAUCAGUGGCAUGCUUUCAUAGGUCUCCUGGACAUCUAUGGGUUCGAGAGCUUUGCUAGCAACAGUCUUGAGCAGCUCUGUAUCAACUAUGCCAAUGAGAAACUGCAGCAGCACUUUGUGAUGCACUUCUUGAGAGCUCAACAGGAAGAAUAUGAGAAAGAAGGAAUUUCUUGGAAUUUCUGUACUUUCAGUGAUAACCAACCUUGUCUUCAGACCAUUGAGGGCAAGCUCAGUGUGUUCUCUCUCAUGAAUGAAGAAUGCAGACUGAACCGCCAAUCUGACACGACAUCAUUUGAGGAGAAACUGUUAGCAGCUGUAGAUAGUCCCUUCUUGACCAAAGCUCCUAUGAAUCAUCCACAAUCAGCGUUUACUAUCAAACAUUAUGCUGGAUUGGUCACCUAUGAUAUACAUGGCUUGAUAGAAAAGACUAAGGAUCCGAUUCCAAUGGAAUUGAUUGAAGUUUUGAUGGAAAGCACAAAUCAGUUUGUGACCAAGAUCAUUCAGCCUGAACAAGAGAGGUUGCAGGAGCUCCAGAGUAAGGGAUCCAAAUCAAAACUCAGCAAGACUGUUGUUUCAAGAUUCAAGGAGUCUUUGGGGAGUCUAAUGACCACAUUGACCUCUACCACUCCUCACUACAUCAGAUGCAUAAAACCCAAUUUUCAGUGCCAGCCAGACUUGUUUGACAGUCGUUUUGUUGCCUCUCAGCUGAGAGCUUGUGGUGUCUUGGAAACUGUGGCCAUCAGUGCUGCAGGGUUUCCUUCAAAGUUAUCACAUGCAGAUUUCUGUGAGAGAUACAGUAUCCUCCUUCCCAAGGAGGAGAGGGAUGACCUAGGGUCAAUACGAGAUAGUUGUAGACUCAUCUACAAGAGUUUGUUUGGUGAUGAUGAUAAGGAGAAUCAAUCAGAUAGUUCAUCCACUCAGCAGCUUGGCAAGACAAAGAUCUUUCUUAGAGAAGGCCAGUUGGAAUACCUUGAGAGUCAACGUAUGAAGAAGCUUUCCCAGUGUGCUGCCAUAAUCCAGAGAGCCUGGAGAGUUUACAGAGCUCUUGUCAUAGGGGAGAGGGAAUGGGCUGCCUCAGUUAUACAAGCUGGGUAUCGAGGUUGGAGGGUACGUAAUGCCAUCAAGAUCAUGGAUCAUGCAGCGAGAGUGAUACAACAUGCCAUGUUGGACUACCUGUUCAGAAAGAGGCAGGAGAGACUUGAUGCCUCUAUCUAUGAAGAUGAUUAUGAAGAAGAGCAGGAUGUGGAGGACAUGGGAGAAGUCGAGGAUGAUGAGAAGGUGGAAAGCCCUUCCAUACCCACAGCCAAGCUUCCAAGGAAGUCCGUCCACUUUGCAUCAGAACUCACCAGCAUCCGAGAGAUCUGCUCCCCUAGUCCUCUCCCUACCCCAACCCUCACACCAUCAUCCCUGGGCUGCACUGCAAGGAAGAUUGUCUUCACUGAGAACUCACCAGACUUCCAACGCCUCUCACCUGUCUCACGUCAUCAUGGCAAUGAGGGAGUGGCCAAGACAGACAAGGAAGAAGAGGAGAGAGAGAUGGAUAAGAAAGAGGAGGAAGGAGUUGUUGCUACGAUGACCAACAUCUUAAAGAAACCUGCAGUUGAUAUUGCCUUGGUGGGACUUGUCACAACCCUGUUGAUAACUGGGCCUCUUAGAUGGACUUGAUUCUCAAAUAUUUUGUUUCCCAAAGAAAUACUCCUAAAAAUUUUAUUCUGUUGAUCAACUUUGAUACCUGAAAGAAAAGUUUAUAAUUUGUAUGUUUUUAAUAUUGAGCUCAGAGUUACUAAUUUUAUUAAAAGAUCAGUACUACAUUUCCAGAUAGAAGUGCCUUCACAAGUUCAUGAUGAUAUCCAAUUUGGUUGAUUUUCAUAACUACUGUUUUCUGAGUUUAGGCCAUAAGAAGCUAUUCAAAUUCUUAACCAUAUACAAUAAAUGUCCAUACCUGUUUGUAUAUUCAGAUGAUUUGGAAGUUGUUUUGGAAUUCGUUAGUGAUUUCUGUAAGAGAACAAAUCCACCCAAACAGUAGAUUUAUAUGAAUAAAUAGAGAAAAAUGAUAUGGGCAUAUGAUGAAUAUGUCUUCAAAGUGUAGGUUGCCUUAUUUAUGGAAUAAGUGAAAUUUACAAUUCAAACUGUCAUUUAACAUCUGAUUUCAUUGACUUAGCAUUAUUGUUCUUUCUUUUUUUUCAAACCAACUUUUUCUUGUGGUUGGCCUUUACUCGAAUCAGUUUGAUGUUGGAUGGCUUUACUGUUCUACAGGGGGUGGGGGUCAGGUGCCUUUUAAAUAACUAUGUUAUUCUUUAAUAUUUAUUAUUGAAAUGAACUAAAUGUAUUUUUCCAGUUGGUUGAUUUUCAUCACUACUGUUUUCUGACUUUAGGCCAUUCAUAGCUAUUCAAAUUCUUUGUUUGGACUAGCAGUGAUUUCUAGGGGGAAUGUGAGAAAGAAAAGAUGCAAUGUGCUUAGUGUCAAAGUGGCCAUUCUUAAUUAAAUGACACCCUGAUUUUCUUAAUUUAUUCAAUGUUUGUGUACUGUUUUGAUAAGGCAACUUAACAAUAGUUUGUACAACGUCAUAUAGCUUGAAUCCUGGCCAGCGUCUAACACAAUUGCUAUCCCACAUUGAGCUGAUCCUGAAUGAGGGUUAGCUAGCAAUAGACAGCACGCGGCACAGACUUUGUAAAGUAUUUGCGUAAAAGGGCUACCGGGUAAUUAAAAUGAUCAAUUUACACCAAAUAACAGCCAAUUCCCCAUUGACUUAUGUACAAGUACAACUUGCCAUCGGAUCUGUCGGAACCAAGGUCAGAACUAUCUUGACAGAUUGCAUGGUCUAAAAUAUAGAUCAGUAGAUAAUAAUCAUAUUCAUUUUAUUUCAUUGUAUUUUACCUUCUUGAAUUUGAGGAAAGAAGAUGAUUCAAGAUUAUCAAAUGAUAUUCCAAAGUCUUGCAAUUUAAGAGAAUAGAAAUGGUGAAUUUUAUUCUUGGGGGAAAAAAUGGAAUUUCUUAUAUUUUUUAUUAAGAAUUUUAGAUAUAAUUCAAGAAAAAUUAUGAUACAUAGUUUUCACUGGCAUUAACCAUUGAUAUUUAAUUACUUUUAAACUGUGUUUUUAACCUCAAUGACUCAAUGACAAUAUCCCCAGUUACAAGGAAAGAUCAUGCCUCUUAAUUUUCCAAGAUUUUUAGCAUCUUAUAAAUACAUUGAAGUUUUUAUGCGCCCUUUAGUUUUCAAUCCUUAGUGGUGUUUGAACAAAAGCUUGUAAUAUAUGCAUAGCAGUGAUCAUUUGCAAUUGUGCAAAAGGCAUAAGUAAUGGUGCUUUAAAAAUUCAAUGUAUGAAAUGUAAAUACAAUUGAAAUAUAUAUUAAAAAAUGUCUUUAAAACUAAUUCAGAUUAUAUAUUGUAGUCAGAAUAUUUCUGAUUUCCACCAGCAUGCUGGAAUGAACUGAAUUAUGUGAAUAAAGUAAAUUGUUUGAACAAAUUUCUUUUGUUGUGCUAUGUGGGUAUUUUUUGCACCAGUUAUGUUGUUCCAUUUUAAAGAAUUAAAGCAUUCAAGCAUCAAGAUUUUACAGGUAUAUUACAUGAACUUUUAAUUCAUUUUUUCAUUUCCAAACAACACGACAUAUACAGACAACACAUAACAUUUUCUUAAAAUCACAAUUAUUGCAUAUAUCAGUGUCAUAUUGAGUAACUCUUCUGUUCUAAUGAAAAUUCCUACAGUUGUACAUAAAAUAUAAUGAUUAUUAUGAAUCAAAUCUAUAAAUAUACGAUCUAAUAAUUUCAAUCAAUAUCAGAUUUUACUAUUUGAGGACAAACUACAAAAUAAAAAUGGGGACCAUGAGUUCAUGCCAGAAAAUAAACUUGAUACAACAUCUAUCUAAAUGAAUACUACUGUUUUCAUGUUAAACAUGAUGUCUUUUUCUUCUUUAAGAUUACACACUUAAAAAUGGAACAACAUUCAUAUAUAUUAAGAAUUCCUUUUUUUCAUUAUUAGUGAGGUUGGUGGAAAAACAGUGAUCAUAUGUUUCUUUAGCCAUUAAAGUGGAUGUCUUAAUAGUCAGCGAAUGGGGAAUGCGAUUUAUCUUAAAUGAAAAACGGUACAGAUGAAAAGCAGAAUUAUCCGGAAAUGCAACUUUUAACAAGUACAUGGAUAUAUAUUGAAAAUGCUUCCAAGAGAAUUGAUUUUGACUAAAGCCUGGCCCAAAUCCAUUAUAUUAAAAAGAGUCAAAACACCCCAACUCAUUCAUACAAUAUCUCAUGUUCUACAAUGUACCCAUAUGUUUACAAUACAUCCAGUUUAACUUCUUUAAUAAUAGUUUCGCUUUGCCUAUAGUAUCAUCCUGGCCAUAGUGUACAGUCCUGAAAUGCAUCAUGAAUUAGUCCUACCGAAGGCACAGACUAUGGUACUUGAAUACUGAUCAUAAAGUGUUAUAGUCUUGUAUUUUCUUGGAAUUCUCGUCUAAUACCACAUAUUUAAGUAAUGAAAGAAAGGCGAGUAAACCCCACAUAAAUGUAUUUUGCUACACAAUAUAGGACAACAUGAACAUAAUUUUUUAACCCGUUUCCUUACAUCAACCUUACAUGAGGCAAAUAAUCAUACAUUUAAAAAAAUAGUUUACCCUUGUAGAUGAAUGCAAUAGAAUGUUUAUAUUCUUUGUUUUAAUAGGUAAAUUUGAUUGUAUUUCAGAAUGUCUUCUUUUAGAAGAGCAAUUCAAUGCAAACAUCAUUCACCCACCUAUUCAUAUAGGUGGCACUGUUCUGAAUAUUAAAAAAAUGAAAUGAACACAAAUAUAACAAUCAUUUUAAGCUUUAUUUUUCUUUAGAACAAAUAAACAUAAAAUUAACCAUAAAAAAAGAUGAAAUGAGGUAACAAAAUGUACACAACACAGAAGACAUCUUUCAAACAAAGAGACUUACAAAACACUGAAACUCUUAGAUAAAGUACCCUAAGAUAAGUAUCAAGCAUUCUUUUAAAUCAAGCCAAUUUUUUUGUCUUUGUUGAAAUCCUUGAUUAAGCCCUCCCAAUAUAUCAGCAAAUAAUUUUAUGAUAAAGACUCAUACAAAACACACACGCAUCCCCUGUCUUUUUUCAAAUUACAAUCCCAACUGCCAAACCUGUAAAACUUUCAUUUCAAACUGUAUUGUAAUAGUGAGAAAAAAAAAACAUAACAGAUCAAUGAUUUACUUUCAGUAAAUUUUGUUGAUUGUAAUCAGCCUUU